AGAACGAUGGUGGAUCGUUGGAGACCGGGUUUGUUGGAGGAGAAGAGGUGAAAUGUUCACGGGCAACCAACUCAUCAAGGCUUGGGAGUCUUAAAGUCGCAACAUCUAGCAGCAGUAGCAGCAUUCCGCCCGCCGCCACAGCCUCGUCUUCGCCUUUAUGUCGGUCGCCCACGCCGACGACCCAGACGUCGCCGCCGCAUCCCCCAAGUCCUGCGGCGACCUCCCCUCUGCCACCGCCACCCCGGCGGACGUUCUCUCCGUGGAUGGCGCGGAGGCGGUCUACCACGCCGAGCGUCUCCUUGCCAACGGCGACUUCUACACCGGGCAGUGGUGCGGCAAUGUUCCCCACGGAAACGGAAAGUACCUAUGGACCGACGGCUGUAUGUACGAAGGCGAGUGGCGCCACGGCAAGACCAUGGGGAAGGGCAAGUUUUCGUGGCCGUCCGGUGCCACCUACGAAGGAGAGUUCAAGUCCGGUUUCAUGGACGGCUACGGCACGUACACCAGCUCUCUCGGCGACACCUACCGCGGCGCCUGGUCCAUGAACCUCAAGCACGGCCACGGGGUGAAGUCCUACGCCAAUGGCGAUUACUACGACGGGGAGUGGCGUUCCGAUGUCCAAGAUGGCCACGGAAGGUACGUCUGGAAGAACGGGAACGAGUAUGUCGGGCAGUGGCGGGCGGGCAUCAUUGACGGCCGCGGCACCCUUGUCUGGGCAAACGGAAAUCGAUACGACGGUGGGUGGGAAGAUGGUUUGCCAAAGGGGAAUGGGAACUUCCGUUGGGCCGACGGAGGACUUUACGUUGGCUAUUGGGGCAAGGAGAACGGGAGCCUCCAGCAGAAGGGUGCAUACUAUCCAUCGCCGACUGCCUCAUCUCCCACUGCCCGGGAUCCCUCUGGGGUCUUGUUGGCAGACCUUGGAGAUUGCAAGGUGUGCCAGGGUGAUAAUGUGUCCAUUCUUCCUUCGCAGAAGACGCUAAACUGGUCGGGUGUCGAGGCUGACUUCGUCCAGAAGCAAGCAGCCUGGAGAUCUUCCAAAUCAGCAGAUGCCCAGCCUAGGAGGCGAGCAUCAGCAGAGGUGGUCUCAGCAGGGUUUACGCCAAGAGGGCAUAAUGGUCAUGCCAGUACAAUCAGCGGCAUUGGGAGCAAAAGUGGGUUCUGGGAUCCAGAUGAGCUUAUCAAUUCUGAUGCAGAGAGUGGAGGUGCAUUUGAGACAGGGGGAGCAACCAAGGGUGUUGAUGACUUUCUCGGUGAGCUUCAAUUAAAUGACGUAGAGUCAAGGGGGAUUGGGAGGAUCCAGCAACCAUUAAGGUGGCCGCCUAGGGUGAUAAAGAAGCAGGGGGAGACUAUCUCAAAGCGGCAUAAGAAUUAUGACCUUAUGCUAAAUCUCCAGCUUGGAAUCAGGCAUGCAGUAGGAAAGCUACCUGAGCCUAAAACACUUGACCUGAAAGCAUCAGCCUUUGACCCCAAAGAAAAGAUAUGGACAAGGUUUCCUCCUGAGGGAACAAAACAAACACCCCCACACCAGUCUUGUGAUUUCAAGUGGAAGGAUUACUGUCCAUUAGUUUUCAGGACUCUCCGCAAGCUAUUCAAGGUUGACCCAGCUGACUAUAUGAUAUCAAUCUGUGGAAAUGAUGCUCUUCGGGAACUUUCAUCUCCUGGAAAAAGUGGAAGCUUCUUUUACCUAACAAAUGAUGAUCGAUACAUGAUAAAAACAAUGAAGAAAUCUGAAGUAAAAGUGCUACUGAGGAUGCUUCCAGCCUAUUAUAACCAUGUCCGAGCUUUUGAGAAUACUCUAGUUACUAAGUUUUUUGGUUUGCACUGUGUGAAAUUAACUGGGGCUACUCAGAGAAAGGUUCGUUUUGUCAUAAUGGGCAAUCUCUUCUGUUCUGAGUAUCCAAUUCAUAGGCGUUUUGACCUCAAAGGGUCUUCCCAUGGUCGUACGACAGAUAAGCCUGAGGCAGAGAUUGAUGAAAACACUACUCUGAAGGACCUUGAUCUCAAUUUUAUAUUCCGGUUACAGAAGUCUUGGUUUCAGGAGUUCCACAG